CGGCACAGACGUGGCCGUGGUGCGGCUGCUGCGUUCAAGUGGCGCAGUGUCCCGUCUGGAGGCAGAGCGGGCGAAGUUUCACUCUCUGCAUUGCAGCCUGAGCGCUGCCGGAAUCCAACACAACAAUGGCGACUCCCAGUCCUGACAGCAACUCCACAAGCUCCAGCAACAUUGUAGGAUCCACGUCGCACCAUUUCCACCAGCAGACACAGAGCAGCAGCAUGCAAGAAACCAACACCUGCUGGAGAUGUCAAAAUGAAACAGGGUUUCAGAUAAGCCUGUCUGGAUUGUCCCAAAGUAAACGUAAAGCUCUGAAGCUGAAUUUCGCCAACCCUCCAGUGAAACCAGCCUCCAGGCUCCCGCUCAAUCCAACGCCUCCCUCUUUCCAGAACCCGCACAU